AUGGGUCUGCUUCAUCUCUGUGUUUUCGCUGCAAUGAUGCUUCUGGGUAGCUCUGGCUCUGCUGAAUCAGUUGUUGUUAUUCGUUUUCGCCGCGCUCCUGCCGCUAAAACUAGGCUCUCCAAUGCUGUUUUCCAGUAUGCGGUCGAGACACAAGAUGGCUCCAAUGCUUGUAGCCACAAUCACUGCUCUGUCUACUACAAGCUUGAUGGAGAAAGUUUGAGACCAUGCUCUGAUGAUACCAUAAUAUUGAAAAAUUUAACUGCAAACCGUGAACACAAACUUCUUCUUCAUGUCACAACCCAAGAUGGAGAGAAGAACUCGUCGACUUACUCGUGGUUUAUAGAUAGAGUGCCACCAACAGCAACAAUUUCUAGCGAACAGAAAUACACAAAUGCUGAAAAAAUAGCCAUUGAAGUUACAUUCAGCAAGGCUUGCACCCGGCGGGGUGGGUUCAAGUGUUUCAACUCUUCAAACUGUGAUGUCUUGGUAAAUGGUCCUGCCCAUGUUCAGGCAUCUUCACUACGCAUCAUCAAACCCAACAUCAAAUAUAGCCUUCAGAUUAGUCUCUCCUCGAAAAAUAGAAGACCAGUGCAGUUGGACUGGUGGACAUCAGUUCCGUCAUAUGAGCUGGGGAUCAACGGUGUCCCGCGAACUGUUCUUGCAACCAACAAAAUGGAGAACUUAGAAUUUUUCUUGGACUUCAGCAACCAAAUUGCAAAUACAACAGAACAAGUCUUAAAAGCAUUGCAUGUUAAUUCCGGCAACUUAAUAGCCAUUCGUGGGAAAAGUCACCGAAACCGUCGAUUUGUUUUCAAACUCAACAACAUUUCAGAAACUGAAAUCAUCACAGUUAGACUACAAGCUGCAUCUCUAAUUAGCAUGACAGGAACUCCUGUCACCCCAGCUGCCCCAAUAAUAUUCCUCUAUGAUUCCACAAAGCCUGGUGUAGCGUUAAGUACCAGUUCAGCAAAAGUCACGAAGGAGUUCAACAUCAAUGUGGUAGUUGAGUUCACAAAGCCAGUAUUUGGCUUUGAGGCCUCUGCGGUAGAAGUUGAAGGUGGCAGAAUUAUAAGAUUUGAAGAACUUUCAAGAGCUCUAUAUUCUCUUACAAUAAGGGCAGCAUCCCAGAAAGUGGUCUCUGUCAUUGUUCCCGCAGAGAAAGUAAUUGAUGUUUCAGGAAAUCCUAAUUUGGCUUCUAACCUACUUGAAGUAAAGCAGUACUCUGCUCCUGCCAUAUCAAUUGCUCUCCACUCAUUUGUGACUGUGGGAGUGUUCUCAACAUCACUGGCAGCGGCUCUUCUUUCACUUUCAUCAGCAAAUCUUGGAGUAAUAGGCGCUGUAGGUGCUGGGGACACCACUGCUAUUUCUGACCCAUCAAUGAAUCUACAUGGAAUGGUGGGACAUCUACAAGCAUUUGUCCUCUCAGACUGGUUCUCUGUAAGUCUACCAGUCGAAUAUUCCGAGACAAUAAAAGGCCUAAGAUGGCUUAUACCGCGUGAAAAGCUUCCAUGGGAGAAAGAAAGCACAUCAGUCUGGCCUAAUCAUUUUCAUUUGGACAAAAAUAAGUGGGCAAUUAAAUUUAGUGGCAUGCCCAUUGCAUACCUAAAUCCUGAAAGGGCGUAUCAUUCAAUUGGCUUGAUUUCAGAAAAUUUUUCUUCUUUUUUGUCAUGUCGACAACUAUAUCCGGCAGAGAUUUUCCCCAAUGCCGGUUGGCUCCACAGGAGGCACAAUGUGAGCAUGAAAAACAGCCCUUAUGGUCUACCUCUCAAUUCCAAUGAAUACUUCACUUAUUUUUUGAGAGGAGAGCCCUUGUCUGCUAGUAACGUCGUCAAGAGAAUGGAGAACUACACAGGGUGGCAAGAUUUGAAGAUGAACUUGUUCUGGCUUAGUGUUGGGGCAGGGAGUUUGCUUACAAUACAUUUUCUUAUAUUAAUUUUUCUGAGAUGGAGGACUGGAACAUCAGCUCAUGGGAUUCUUUCAGUACCAAGGUUUGAACUCUUUCUUCUAAUUCUCAUGCUACCAUGUAUCUCUCAGUCAUCAGCAUUUGUCAUCAGAGGUGGUACGUCGUGGGGAAUUUUGGCUGGGACUGUAUUACUAGCCAUCCCUGCAGCCUUUAUUUUAUCAGUCUUCCUUUUUCUUAUAGUUGCAGUUUACCCUGGUACCUUUGUUCGGUACAAAGAAGUCAAGCACACAACUGCAGAGGAACAAUGGUAUAUGAAGCCAUGGGCCUUCUUCACUGGGAAACCUACCAACGGAAAAUGGUUCUAUAGGGAAGGGGUGCCUUCGUCUUUCCUCCCUAGAUUUGGAAUUCUAUUCGAGAGCUGUAAAGGUCCUCCAUUGUUUUUCUUAGAUGAUCAAACUGAUCCGAACAGUGUAUCAACCUGGAUAGAAAGCAGCCAAAGUGGGAUUGGAAGAAUGAAGGCUAUCAGCUCAAAUGACAGCAAUGAAGAAACCAAGGUCCCCAUGUCCAAGCGGCUCUCAGGAUUCGCUAAAUCUUCCUAUAUUAUCAUUGAUCUUUUGCGAAGGGCUGGCUUAGGGAUAUUAUCAGGAGCCUAUUCAUCUCAAGGAUCAAGGCAAGGCUUUUUCGCGUUGACAAUCACGGUAGUACAAUUCCUGUAUCUGUUUACUCUCAAACCAUACAUCGUGAGGAGAGUCUACAUGGUGGAGAGUGUCUCCCUCUUGUGUGAAGCUGGAAUAUUUGGACUGUCAACUGGCAUAACUGGUUCAAAUCCAAUCCAACAGCAUACUCUAAGCUUCAUAAUGCCGACUCUCCUCUUCCUCAGCUUCAUUUCCCUGAUAACAAAUGAGUGGUACACUCUGAUAAAAUGGCUUCUAAGAAUGUAUCAGCCUCAGAAUAAUUCAUUCAAGCUUGGAUUAAAAUGUGCUGCGAAGGGUCUUAUCCUUCCUUUUCUCCCAAGGCAGCAGUGGUCAAGUUUCAUACACGGAUACUCCCAACCCAAAACUGGCCAAGCCCCAAUCCUUCCCCUAGGUCCAGAGAGGGGAUCUGGAAACGUAGUAGCACCACAUAUCAACCCUCUGAGUGCCAUGACCGCAACGAUAGUUCCAAUGCUCAGCCCAGAGUCACCCAGCCUCAAUGCUAUGCAGAGGACAGUUUCCACGACAACGGAUAUAGUGGUCAGUGGACAGAAAACAGGAGGAGGGAAGCAACCAAAAGGUCUCAAAAUGGGACCAAGUAGUGAGCUUAAGAAGCUGAGGGAGUUGGCGAAGGCUAGUUUCCCAGGGACUUCAAUGGGUAAUGAAGCUAGCACCAGCUAUGGUCAGAGAGGGCAAUCUUUCUCCAUUGAAACCCCAUUAGAUGAUUUUAAGCCCUCCUCUUCAAAGCACAGGAAGUGA